UUGCCUGCUUUUAUUGGAGAAGGGCGAUGUCAAUCUCGGGCCUCCGCCUAUCGCCAACGCUCGUCUCCUGACCCCGCCCCCGGCGGCCGGGCGCCACUUCUUGGGAAGUUGACGGCUAGGAGCGCCGUUUGGAGCGCGGCGCUCCCGGGUUCUGUAGUAGCCCGGCCGCAGCCCCCCGGUGCCGUCGAGCUGGAAGUGGAGAGGCAGUGGUGCGAGCGGAGCCCGAAGCAGCAGCAGCAGUACCAGGAGGAGCGGUGGCCGCUCGACCCUUUGCCGCCGCCGAUGGAGGCGAGCCUGACGUGCGCCGUGUGCCUGUCGCUGUUGGAGGAGCCGGUGACGCUGCCGCUGUGCUCGCACAACUUCUGCCGGGGUUGCGUGCUGGAGUGCCUGGCCUCUGCCGAGGCCGCCCGCCUGCAGCAGCUGCAGCGGAACCCGGGGCAGGCCCGUCUCGGCCGCGGGGCGCCGGGGCCGGGCCCUGGCCCUGGCCCGUCCUGCUCCCGGGUGCCUUGCCCUCUGUGCAGGAAGCUGUGCCUGCUCCCCCGCGGCGGCGUGGCCGCCCUGCCCGUCAACACCACCCUGGCAGAAGUGGUCAAGCUCUACCGGUCCGGCGCGACGGGCGCCGCCGCGGCCGGAGAGGCGACGCUGGGGCCGAAGCCGGGAUCCGACCUGCUCUCCCUGCAGGCGUUCGGGGGAAGCUGCCAGAAACAUCCGAGCCGGCCGGUGCAGCUCUACUGCCGCAUGUGCCGGCAGGCGGGGUGCGGGCAGUGCGUCUCCGAGGAGCAUCAGGGCAUCUUCCACUCUGUCAACCUCAUAGACACGGUGUACCAGGAAGAAAAAUUGACCUUCUUUAGCACUCUGAAACAAAUGAGGAUAAUAAAUGAGAAGCUGGUGAAUGAGAUCUCAAAACGACCAAAUGAUGCAGAUAUGAUGCUGAAAAAUGACGUGGAGAUAAUUGAGCUGAAAUUUGGAGAAAUUUUUAAAACUCUAGAACUGAAAAAACAGCAAUUACUAGAAGAUGCUGAAAAUCAAAGAAGUAAAAAAGAGAAAGAAUUUCAGAUUUGGAAGAAAAUGAAAGAAACUCACAAGAAGACCAUUGAGAAUUUUUUGAAGGAUUGUGAAAAGCUUGUCCAUGAGUGUGAUCCUCAGUGUUUCCUGGAGGUUGCCUGUGGCUUGAAUACAAGAAUGAAAACUCAGCUUGAUGUGAUGAAUAUAGCAUCCAACUGGGAAAAACCACCAGUGUAUACGCCAAAGAAGAUAGAUAUCAAGUCUGUGGUUAAUGAAAUCUUAGCAUUGGAGUUAACACCUGUUGAUGCAGGCAUUGUUCAAGGGCUACCUUAUGAAGGAAGUGAGAGCUCAACUCUAUUUAAAGAUACCUUAAAGCAAUGGCAGGACCAGAAGAAUAUAUCCAACACAUUUUUUCCUGUAACAGGACAGGAUGAAGCAGACGGUAGCAGGAUCCCUACUCGCUUUAUGUCAAUAUCAGAAAUGUCAGCAUUUCAAAAUAUGAGCCAUGAGGAGCUACGUUACAAAUACUAUAUGGAACUUCAGAAGCUCACCAAGGUGUUUAAGACUCAAAAUUUCCCUGCAAACAAAAAGUAUAAAUUUGUAACUGCUGAGGCCUCCAAGGAUAAGUCCUCAGGAACAACUUCUGUAUCUUCACCUAUCAAAGCAAAUAAGACAGAUAAAAUAAAAAUGGGAGCCCUGCAAAGAGGAGGUGGCUUUGACAAAAGAAACUCUUCUGGAAGCAGUGCUCACAGCAUCCCAUCCACAAGCAGGAUCUUUUCUGAAACUAAUGGUGGCUUAAAAUUAUUUCAUGAGGGAAGUGGCCAGGAAGUAUCCAGUCCAGCCUUGUCAGAAGCCUCUCCAGACUUGUUAAUUAAAGAAAAAUGGCCAAGACAGGCAUCAGCAGGUGCUGUUUCCAAGGAAAUGAAUUCAAAUUCUGGCACUUUAUUGGACUUAAAGCCAGCAGCAACAGUGGCUGUUACUGUUCCAACUUCAGAAUCUGUAGAUGUUUCAGCAGAGAGACCUUCAGGUGUACCUUUUACUUUCAGUGCAUCUAGCAACUCAUUACCAAGAUUUAGUAAAGAGAGAGGUACAUUUUCCUUUAAAAAGCAAGACAAGAGAUGUACUUUCCCUCAGUUUUAUUUAGGGAGAGGUGAUACAGGGGAUAAAACCAAUAACCAGGAUAAAUAUGGUCCUGAAGCCAAAAACAUAGUUUGUGAUGCUCCAACAAGUCCUAAUUUAGUCUCACCAGAAAGUGAGAAAACACACAUUUUGUUUCCCUUUGGCAAUUCAGAAAGAGAUUGGUUUGCUGGAUCAGAAGCUAGCAAUUCAUGUAAGGUGUUACCAUCAUCCUCAUUUUUCAGCCAAUCUGAGAAGGCAUCUGACAAAAAACCAUUAUCUCACAUGAGGGGAAAAGCACCUUGUGCAAAGGAGCCUGGAGGAUGUGGUACACAAAAACCAUCUGUCUUAGGGGAGCAAAAACCUCACACCUCAGAAUCCAGCACAUCUCUAGCUUGCACUACUUCAGACACCAACACUGGAGCUGGGGUGAAUGAUGUCUCCAAGACCCCUCUUAUCACCAAUAAUUGUGUAUUUCCUUUCAAAAGUAACUUUCCAUUGCCUUCACCAGUAUUUUCAUUUGGAGGCAUUCUCAGAAAUACCUCUGAUUUGCUGACUUCUUCCAUGUUUUUUUCUGGGAACAGAACAGAAAAAAUGGAUAAGGAGAUGAAAUCUCCUGACAAAACACUUCUAAAUCUAGGGAAACCUGUAACUUCAGAGUGUGCAGAGUCUGCUUCUCUUCAGGGUCAUCCAAAAUGUGAAGCCUCAAAUUUGCCUAUGAACUCAUCUGAAAACACUGAAAGUGCAGAAAGGCUUGGUGAUGGUAACACUCCUUGUCAGCCUUUGUGUUCAGGAGUCCUUCCUGUUGAAUGUGAGGAUGCAUCUUCCACUCAACUCACUGCAGCAACACAACAACAAAAAAAGGUAAAAGAUGAAGAAACUGUUGCUGAAAACAAUUGUUUGUGUCCUAGAAGGGAGGAUGAACCUGAGCCUGUACAGUUCCAGAACACAGCUUGUUCUGUUCCUGGCAUGUGCAAUGAUGCAUCUUUAGGAGGUUCUGUGCUUGCAGUAAAUGAGACAGGAGGAAUGCUAAAAGACAGCACUUCUGACACUUAAGAGCGAAGUCAAACAUCUGUCUCUACUGAUACUGGCCAUGCAUCAGAAUAUUUUUCUGUUGCUGAAGACAAAAUGUCAGGUAGAACAAAAUCAGAUGUGAAGAGAGACUGAAAAGGAAAAAAAGCUGGAAUGAAAUAAAUGCUACUUAACACAUUAAAAGGUGGGGAUAGUUGUGAUUGUACAGCUGUUCUCCCCACUUCUCACCAAUCGAGGUAAUUCUGUGUCAGAAACGUAACUACUUAUGAGCAGUACAAUGCAAUUAAGUGAUUUUUAUAGUAUAGUCAUUAACUCACGAAACAACCAAAAACUGUCCUGCUCAAGACCAAAGCAUAGCCAUAGAUGCUGCAUCUUCAAGAAUGCAAACUUUCUGGGGUUUGUUUGGGGGAUGGGGUACAGAGGUGUCCCAGAAAGCAAGCCUCCUGCCAAUGAAGCCUCAGUGGCAGGAGGCAGUAAAUUGCUGUCUGUGUGCAGCAGCACUUGCACUUAAAUGAGUAAGAGAGCAGCCAAGAGCAUUCAUCUCACAGGCAGGGAGGGAAGAGAGCCACAACAAAAAUAAAGGAUAUUGAAGGUGUUACUAAAAAUUGUUUUGCUUAUCUCCUCUUGGCUGUUUCCUUUUCUGUGAUGUGUUUAGUGUAUGUUGAAGGUGUAAGUUUGAGUGUAAUUUCAAUAAUUUCUCUUACGCUUUUGAAAUGGAAGUAUCAUAUCAGUGUUCUUGGUACACACUGCAGAAGGGUGUCAGCUACACUUCUGAAGUGCUGCUUUCAGGAAAAAGAAACAUCCCAAAUAAAUUUCAUCUCUUUUUGGCAACAGUUUGGUAAUACUUGGACAGAUUAACCUGAUGUUUUAUUGAAAGCUUUUGGAGAACCUAGCUUUCAAAACACAAAAACUUUAUUUUAAACUCUGUGUGCAAUGUUAAUGAUUUGGAAUUCAUGGAAUUUUUAGUCUGAAAAUCAAUACAAAGUAAGGAUAAAAAUACCACCUUUUCUAUUUUGCUGGCUGUCUUGUUGGAUCCAAGAGAUUACUGCUUUAGUUACUGGAAUACACAGACAGAAGCACUGUUUCAGAAUAAAGCUCUGUUUUGUUUACUGUUCAUGCUUCAGCAAAAGCUGAUGCUGGGAUUUAAAGAAAUUUAAUUCUGUAUUAGAUAUGUCAACUGACAGUAUUAAAUCAAAAUGCAGAAUGUUUAAUAUUCCUUCAGAAAUUUUCACUGGCAACUAGAAAAAUUAAUAAUCUGCAAAUUACCUCUGUAAUUCUGUAAAAAAACUAUUACUUAAAUUCAAAUCUCUGCACUACUUACUUAUAUAUUUACUGUGACAUAAAACUUAGAGAAACCAUUCUUCUUUCAGGAAAUGUUGACCUAAUUUCAUUUGUGUUCAGUUCUUGGCCUCAGUGUUUCUGUGGCAGUGCAUUCCUUUAUUAAAUGUGCUGAAAAUUAUUAAAUGUUUCUGCUAUUUAUCA